AUGGCGAUACCUUCACCACAGACAUGGACGCUUCGUCUCAAGUCCAACAAGACCACCGUACUCCUACACGUUGACCCAUUACACACGUUUGACACAAUCAAGACCUACCUGUACGACGCUUUACAAGAAACCGACUUCAAGAACCCCGAAACCGGCGAAUCAAUACCAUUACCCUCAUCAGCUUCAGAGAUCCAGCUCGGUCGACCGGUAAACAUCAACGAUGCGCACGAGGGCUUUCAACUAGGCGAGUGGGAAUACACAAUCAGCGAGGAAGAUCAGGAGGAAGGCAAGGGUAAGGGCAAAGCGAAAGCAGGGAGUGCAAACGGUGGAUCAAAAGCAGGCACAGCCGAUGUCAAACAAUGUCCCAAGGGCGCCGGAUUGAAAGACGGCGCUGUGCUGGCUUUCCGGUGGGCUGGCGAUGGCAACUGGGAUGGUGAAGAUGAGUUCGACAUCGGCAAGGGAAGACUUGGGAAAUCUGGAGACAUGUGGGGUGUUACACUGGCAAGCUUUGAGGAUGCCUACGGUGUCGAGAAUGAGACAGAUGUUGGUGGCAGACCAGAAUUUGAGGGCUGA